ACUCUCAGGGUCACCACCGAACUCCCCCUGCUCAAGACACCUAAAGCUAGGGUGGGACUUGACACAAAUUGAUUUCACAGGUAUGAACAAGACCCUUCUAUCAAUACACAUUGUCGACAUAAUAACAUUCUUAAUCAGUCCGAGUGGGUUUUUCAAGGAUCACACAUGGAAACAGUGAAAAAGGGUUCUCAGCAAAUGGUAGACGAAUGCAAACAUUUGCACAGUCCAGAGUGCCUGCAUGCAUGUCAAGGUGAGUCAGAGUUCAUUUUUGGUGGGCAAGUCGCUGAGCAGAGCAUUGCUGUUUUUCUGCUGUGCUUAUUGUCACCAGUGUUAUGACCAUCCCACACUGGUUGCCAGUGAAUGGGAUAGGACAGCAUUUUCUAUUUUCUUGCAACAUUAUUCAAACACUCUCACUAAACACAGAACCUUGCAGACACUUAAGAUUAUAUGAAUUGUGUGUGGAUGAUCUUGAGUCCAUCUUAAACAUAUACUGGACAUCUUUGUAAGGUGAAUUUCAGAUUGAUAUUAGGUUUAAUAUCCAGCAUCCUCAAAGGAAAAUUGGCGUGAAGUGUGCCCUUUACAACAUACAGUAACACGAUUACUUUUGAAGUAGGCUGUAACCACUCUUGUGGGCGUCCUCCUGAUGUUUCUCCAAAUUGACACCAGUAUGUGGUUUGCAGUUGUCCACUGGACCAUGUUCUGGCCACAGCAUCAGUGAGAGCUGGAGAAAGGCGUCAACGCUGUGUCCGUUCCUGAUCCUCCCCCCACCUGACCUGACCUGCACCUGAGACGCAGACCGGAGAUGAACGCCUCCGAGACCACCACCCUCCCCCUCCCCCACUGGAGCCUGUGGCUGAACGCCAGUCCCGUGUACUCCCACGCCAACGCCACCGCCACGUCCGCGCCCGCGGCCAAGCCCAAGGCGUGCGAGCAGCUCAACAUCGCCACCGAGGUCUUCCUCACGCUGGGCAUCAUCAGCCUCCUGGAGAACAUCCUGGUCAUCUGGGCCAUCGUCAAGAACAAGAACCUCCACUCGCCCAUGUACUUCUUCGUCUGCAGCCUGGCCGUGGCCGACAUGCUGGUCAGCGUCUCCAACGCUUGGGAGACCAUCGUCAUCUACCUGCUGGCCAACCGGCAGCUGGUGGUGGACGACCACUUCACGCGUCAGAUGGACAACGUCUUCGACUCGCUGAUCUGCAUCUCGGUGGUGGCGUCCAUGUGCAGCCUGCUGGCCAUCGCCGUGGACCGCUACGUGACCAUCUUCUACGCGCUGCGCUACCACAACAUCAUGACGGUGCGGCGCGCCUCCUUCAUCAUCGCCAGCAUCUGGACCUUCUGCACGGGCUGCGGCAUCGUCUUCAUCAUCUACUCGGACUCCACGUCGGUCAUCGUCUGCCUGGUGUCCAUGUUCUUCGCCAUGCUGGUGCUCAUGGCGUCGCUCUACAGCCACAUGUUCAUGCUGGCGCGCUCGCACGUCAAGCGCAUCGCCGCGCUGCCCGGCUACAACGCCAUCCACCAGCGGGCGAGCAUGAAGGGCGCCAUCACGCUCACCAUCCUGCUGGGCAUCUUCGUGGUGUGCUGGGCGCCCUUCUUCCUGCACCUCAUCCUCAUGAUCUCGUGCCCGCGGAACAUCUACUGCGUCUGCUUCAUGUCGCACUUCCACAUGUACCUCAUCCUCAUCAUGUGCAACUCGGUCAUCGACCCGCUCAUCUACGCCUUCCGCAGCCAGGAGAUGCGCAAGACCUUCAAGGAGAUCAUCUGCUGCUACAGCCUGCGCAACGUCUUCGAGAAUGUCCUCACGCUGCCCAUGACGGACCGGACGGCGGCCAGCAACCAGGUCUACGACACGUCUCAGGCGGCCAGGAACGCCAAGCGGUCGUAAAAGCCCGUGGCGCGCACGCCAAUGCUUGGAGGAAUUCAUACAGUAUCAUGUGAUAAGCUAAACUACACCUGCAGUGCCACUUGGACUCUUUGUCUCAAAACAAACGAUAGAUGGAUGUACAGCACACAGGACUAUUCACUACCCUGACUGACAUGACAAUAUUACAUUCUUAAAGGGUGUCAUUUGACAGAUCCAUCAAUUCAUAUUCAAAUACUUUUUAAGAAGAUGGUGAAAAAGAUCAUUCAGCCACAUU